CCCCAUCAGAAUUUGAGCAUCAAUACAAGCUGCUUCAUCUACGAGAAGACAUCUUGUGUCUUUCUUGCCAUAUGCGGACGUAAAAUUAAGUUCUCUCUCGAAAUGGCUGUUUUGAAAUUACUGGCCAUCGUCGCGAUGGUCCUCGGUUGCCUGUGUACGACCAUGGGAGAUGAUCCCGAGUUUGUGUACCCUGACGACUGGAAUGAUCCCAACCGAGAUGCCUUCCUCUACGGGACCUUUCCGGAUGAUUUCAUAUUCAGUUCGGCAACAUCCGCUUACCAAAUUGAAGGAGGUUGGAAUGCCGAUGGAAAGGGGGAAAGCAUCUGGGAUAACUUUACUCACGAAGGAGGGCAUGUUAAUCACAAUGAUAAUGGCGAUGUUGCUUGUGACAGUUACAACAACUACAAGGAAGAUGUUGCUUUAAUGGCUGCCAUGGGUUUGAAAUAUUACCGGUUUUCAAUUGCUUGGUCUCGAAUCCUUCCUCAAGGCACCAUCAACAACAUCAAUGAGGCAGGUAUAAACUAUUAUCAGGACCUGAUCGACGAGUUGGCUUUGAACGGUAUCAAGCCAAUGAUCACCCUCUACCACUGGGACCUUCCGCAAGCUCUGCAAGACGUCGGUGGUUGGGACAACCCUGAUAUCGUGCAACACUUCAAGAACUAUGCCGAGCUCUGCUUUCAAAGAUUCGGGGAUCGAGUCCCUCUGUGGAUCACAUUCAAUGAACCUUGGAUCGUGUCUCUGUUUGGGUAUGGUACCGGAGCAUUCGCCCCAGGGCUUUCAGAGAUCGCAUACACUCCGUACAGAGUCACGCACAACAUCAUAAAGUCACAUGCUGCAGCUUACCAUGCCUACAACGACAUCUACAAACCUUUUCAGAAUGGACAAGUAGGUAUCACGUUGAACUCUGAUUGGUCAGAGCCAUGGGAUAGGAAUAACCAGACCAGUCUUGAUGCAUCCGAUCGAGCUCUUCAGUUCAACCUUGGUUGGUUCGCCCAUCCAAUCUUCAAAGGUGACUACCCUGAGAUCAUGAAGACCAAGAUCGCCAAAAAGAGCGCUGCCCAAGGAUUGAAUGAAUCCCGAUUACCUGCAUUCACCCAAGAGGAGAUUGACUACAUCAAAGGCACUGGUGACUUCUUUGGCAUCAAUACCUACACGACCAACCAAGUAGUGGCCAACGUAGAAGACCUAUCUAACCCUCCCAGCUACUGGAAGGAUUCUGACAUCAUCACUUGGCAAGAAGGUUUCUGGCCUGGCUCUGGGUCUAGCUGGUUGAGAAUAGUUCCAUGGGGCAUCCGCAGGCUCAUUAAGUGGAUUGAUGAUGAAUACAAUGUACCCAUCUACGUUACAGAAAAUGGCGUCUCGACAGGAGACAAGUAUGAGCUUAACGACGUCAUUAGACAGAAAUAUUACCGAGCAUACAUCAAUGAGGUUUUAAAAGCUAUUGUUCUGGAUGGUUCAAAUGUCAAAGGGUACACCGCAUGGUCAUUAAUGGAUAAUUUCGAAUGGGCAGCAGGAUACAACGAGCGAUUUGGUCUCCAUUUUGUCGACUUCACCGUCCCCGAGCGAACCCGAAUACCAAAAGCAUCUGUUGGAGUCAUAUCAGAAAUCAUCAAGAACAAUGGCUUCGUCAAAAGUAGCGACGACGGGAACAAUGCCCAUCAUGUGACGUCGUACGGUCUUGCCUUCACGUGUCUCAUUGUUCUCACGUCCUACAUUUUAAGUAUUUAAUUUCAUGUUAAACACUCCUAUUUAAAUUAUGAAG